GUCAGAAGUGAUGGGUAAAGGAACAAGUUUAAAACGCGAGAAACUUUGAAGGAAAAACAAAUCACGGGACCAGAUUACGCAUACUGCAAGCUCACAAGGCAUAUUGACUCGGCUCAACUUAAUACGGAGCAAACAAGAUAAAUAUGGACUUACAGUAGACUUGGAGGAUAACAUGGUGAGCACACAAAAAAGAGUCAACAAUGUGAUAUGAGACCUGCUGGGUAUGAAAGACAUCCUCAUCAUAUAGAGUGACCAGCGGGUCAUCAUUAUAACAAAGGUCACACAACUUUCCAUUAAAGUGAUUUGAAUCAAGUAUAGAAGCAGCCUGUCAAUAAAUAAGAUGGCUUGCCCCAAUUGGCUCAAAAUCAAUGUUCUUCGAGUACCUCCAUAAUAGGAAAGAGAUGCCGGAAUUGAAUCAGAUUUUUUUAUCGAAGCCUAAACAAGAAAAAUCUUUGAUAAAAAUCCCCAUGAGCCAUCAUUCCCAAAGAGAAACAGAUCUGUAAAAGUAGACACAACUAGUAAUUUAAUGUUCUCAGCGAAGAGCAGACUGCAUUGUUUAUCAACUGUAUGAUAACGUAAGCUGUAAAUGUUAUCAGACAUGAAGUCUGACACAAAGCCUCUGCUCAAGAUGGCGAUAAAAUUGUAAGAGCACCAAUGAAACUGAAGACGACAUAAACUCCUUCUGCUACAUACUGGAGUCCUUAAUCGUACAACCGGAGACGUUGACUUUUCCUGACAAUGAAUCUGACCUCCAAACUCCUGGAUCUCAUGCUGGAAGCUUCCAACCUCUCUCGCUGGCAGUUUAUACAGAAAUACUCAAUCCCACCGUUGGUGGCAGUGCCCAGACUUCCAAGCGCUCUUCUUCCUGUCUUUGGUCUGCUGUAUGUGCUCAUCUUUGGGCUUGCGGUGGUUGGAAACGGAUCUGUGCUGGUCCUUUUAUGUCGUAGGAAGGCUCUGCAGUCUCCUAGCACUUUCUUCAUUUGCUCUCUGGCGCUCAGUGAUCUACUCAUCUCGAUUGUAUGUGUUCCUGCAACACUCUUACAGCACUUCUUUAGCAACUGGUUGGCAGGGGAUUUUCUUUGCAAGUUAAUACCAUUCCUUCAAGUGACAGCCAUUGCAACAAGCAUGCUCACCAUGACAUGUAUCGCUGUAGAACGUUUCCAGGGUAUCCUUUAUCCCCUGCAUGUGCGCAACAGCUACUUUCUUUGCCAUGCCUUCAAGAUGCUGGUAGGUGUCUGGAUGGUUGCUCUCGUAAUUGCAGCUCCCAUGUUGUUUGUCCAGAAAGUGGAGGUUAAAUAUGACUUUUUGUUUGAUGUCCACCACACCUGUUGUUUGGAAGUAUGGCCAAGCCAGCAGCAGAGGAGGGCUUACACUACUUGUCUGUCAGUUCUGGUUUUCCUGGCCCCCAUGGUGACCAUGGGCAUCUUGUACUGGAAGAUUAUUAAAGAGCUGUGGGGCAAGCACAAAGUUCAUGACGUCAUGUUUCAAACACUUCCAGGAUCUGAAAUCAACAAGAUUACCAGGAGAAAGAAACGCGCUAUAAGAAUGAUGGCCACUGUGGUUCUGCUCUUUGCCGCCUGCUGGGCUCCUUUCCAUCUGGUCUCUCUGCUGCUCGACUAUGGUCAGCUAGACCUUGACCUCGACUCUGAGUUUCUCCUGGUCAGUGUGGUUCAGAUCCUAGGAUUCAGUAACUCGGUGUGCAACCCGCUGGUUUACGCCGCCCUCAAUACCACCUUCAAGAGAGACUUGCUGGCUCUGUUCAACCGAAGACGAAACACGGGUGGAGGUUGUUACUGCUUCUGCAGUAGCUCGGGAUCCUGUCGGGUCUGGAGAAGCAACAAGCGAGUCGGCGUCUCUGCGGUGGAGUCAGUGGAACCAAGACGGGGCCUGGAGACGACGAGUAGACAAGGAGGAAUUAGAUCAUGGAGCAAAGUGGCAUGGGAACCUGAGCCAGAAAGACCUACGUCCAACUUGUUCCCCCAUAUGUUUACCGGCAUCACGUCUAAAAAGUGCUCCAGUACUAUGAUUUUAAGCGUUAUUGACCCACCGCACACUGACAGCACGUCUGGAUCUGACCAACCUCUGACGGUGAUGCUAGACGGGUGAAUGUAUGAGAUACCUGCCCGUCACUUGCAAAGCAAUCACUCAACAUAUGGAUUUGCUCAGUGAUUCAUGUCAUCAAUUUGAUGUAGAGGAAUUACAUAUUCAUUAUAAAUAAUUUAAAUCAUCAUAAAUUAAAAAUUAACUGGUUGAGAUAGCUAUCUCAAGAGGUUGGCUUUUAAACCAGCUAACUAGUUGAGUGAAGUGUACGAUUGAAGGUAGAUAUUAAAUAUUUUAAAGAACGUAAAGUGGAUUUUUUUGCUGCAGGCUCUGUUGGAAAUGUUGGCACAAAAGUCGGCGUGUCUGUCAACUUUGCACAUGGAAAAUCAAGGCAGUGAAAAUCUCAGAUUAAAAAGACAUCAUGACUUUGCCGCCAGAAUCCUUCUGCCCCGUUCUCCAGCCUGAAUUCACCCUACGGAUAAUGAUAAGGAUGUUCAAACAGGGAACGCACAUCAAUGACUUGCAGCUGCUGAUUUUCAAACCUUUGAAGAAUGUGUGGCUCGCUGCCGCUUUAAGAGCUGAGGUUAUAUAAAUUGAAUGAAUGGAAACAAUGUCUCCGGCGUGUGAACACCUCAUUCGGUCAAGGCAAAACUAGCGACGUUUUAAUACUGACAUGGAUCUGAGCGAUUCACUGAGGGUGAUGUUUAGCCUCUGGCCUUUGAUUUCUGUCUCCAUGUGGUUGGGCUCAAGUCUGCUGGAAGUCACUGGAGUUAAAGAUUAUUCAGCAGGGGUCUGCAGCUUGCUUUGGAGAUGCUUAAAUACUGUAGAUGAGAGUUAAGUGCAUCACAUCCACCAUGAAGGGGGUGGAUUUAUAUCAAAGUGGCAGAAGACACAGAAGGGAAAUCUGGCAACGGAUCCCACAGCCCACCAGAACCAUAAUAGUCUGAUUUUCAAUGAUAUUGUAUAUUAUGUUUGUAUAUUUGAAAGCUUAUAUAUGUGGCAUGACGAGGGGGUUGGGGGAUAGCUUCGUGACGAAAGCAAAGAUUUUGCAUAAAACUCCGACUACGCCACCCCGGGACUUACACCCAGGGAAAUAAUCCUUACACCCAAAAAGGCGGUAAGGCACACAAGUUCAUUCCUCAGAACAAGAGCAAUGAGCAGGAGACGUGGGUAUAAUACAAAAAUAUAAGAUUUAUUUUCACAACCUUCGUUGAGGUAGGAGAAUGACUUAAAACAGGCAUAGACUGAUGUUACUCCACACACAGCUCUCUUACACUCCAACCAUAAAAGACACAAAACAGAUGAUCUUAAAACAUCACAUUAUCACACAACACAAAAUUAUACAAAAGUACAAAACGACUGUAGAAAAGAAAAUAUAAUUUCCACAAAUACAAUGACUGGCAACAGUUAACAUAACAAAUAAAAAUACAAAACAUCAACUUACAGGGCUGAGGUUCCCACAGGAGUGAUCACUGGCGCAAAUUAUCAAAAAGCACUCACACACCACACCGUGAGUUCAGAGCACACACACUCAUACACAGCAAAAAUGUGUAGCACGGCAACCAUCGACACUGUACCACCACCAUUACAAGAUCCUUUGCCCGUGGAAACCCCCAGCCCCUGAAAGUAAAGCAACACACACCAAUAAAUGGCAAAUGAGCUACACAGAAGAAAUCAUACGGCGCGAACACAAAGUCCAUACGCCAGCUUCAAUGUCCUCCACUGAGAAAUAGAACUUU